AUGCAACCAAAUCACUACGACCUUUUGGGUCAGGCGCGAGAUGAGCCUCGUAGUGCCGGCCGGAUGACGCGCGAUGCCCAUCAGCCGCCUCGAGAGCGUCCACUGCAGUCACGAUCCUCAUCGGGUGUCGCGCCCACGAGAUCAGAGGAUUCGUGGAUCGAGGUCUCAUCCCAACCGUCCUCUUCGUCCGUAUCUUCCACAAGCAACGAUGAUAUUAUCACUACUGGCCUUCGGGUGGAGUCCAGCUCCUACCAACAACGUAAUCGGCGACGUCGUCUGCAACGUCUUACUGCCUCCACUACUGCACAGGUUGAUUAUUCGUCUCGGGAUACCAGUAGCAGUCAGGAUGAAUACGAGGAGAGUGAGAGCGAGUCAGACCGGGUCCUCAGUAGCUCAAACGAAGAAAUGACCCGCCAACCGUUAAGGGGGCCACUACUGUCUCAGACACCUCCUAUAUCGGACGCUGCCUCGAGCGAUGAGGAUGACAGCUCCACUGCUCUGGGGAUGCGUAUCAGUUCGUCUCCUUUUGUGCCGCAGCCAAAUGUCUUUUCGCACCCACCUGUGUCGCAAGAUCCAUCGUGGACGAGGGCGACUGAGACACCCCGCUCUGAACCUAGUGUGGUAUCCAACUCUAGUCGUCAAACGGCGAUCAGACGCAACUCUCAAGCUAGUAUACGUUCGACACGGAGGCAACAACCAAAUCAGCAGCACAGCCCGUACAACAUGAUUUCUCCAUCCCAUCAUGCCGACCAUGAUGCGGCCCUUCGUGCCAGUCUCUCCACUCUCCUGUCUUGUGCAGCUGCUGCGCGGGGUCUACCUAAGCAAGAAACACGACCCUCGCCAGCUGGGCCAUCCAGGGGGCAACCGCCUUCCUCAUUCCGAUUAGUUUCCGAGUCCGUAGCUAUGGGAGAAGAGAGCGGAGAGGAGAGCCCAUCGGCUGCAGAGGCCAAUGCGCCCACAGAGCCGCAGCGGUCAAGGAAACAUCCUCAGCCUGCCUAUCCGCCACACAUGGCGCCUUCAUCAAAGACCAAACGUCGAUCGAGUCCAUCCAAAGAUCGUAGCGCAGCAUCCAAGAAGGGCCGUCGAGUCAGUAUGAGUGAUUCGGCAGCAGCAGCGAGUCCGACCAUCAUGACCUGGGUGAUCAGUGCAGGGGUUGUGGUCAUAUUCUCCGCUAUCAGCUUUUCGGCGGGGUACAUGCUGGGGCGAGAGGUGGGAAGAACCGAGAUGGGGACGGGUAUGGGGAUGGUAGGCAAUGGGGCAGGGGGAAUUUCCGAUGGCCGUGCGUCAGCAGCGUGUGGACAGGAGGCUGUCAAAGGCAGUCUGAAGCGACUACGCUGGGGGUCUGCAGCAUCGGCAUCUGGAAUCAUCGCCUGA